AUGGUCGCCAUACUGGACGCACGGCAACUAUGGAGCACCGCGCCGCCUGAAAUGCGAAGCCGCCUGGCAAAUUGGCCGACUGUCUUAUUCUCCUGGUGGUGCACGAGUUUCGCGGCCGUCAUCAUCAUCACCAGGGUACUGGGCCGCAAAGUUCGAAGCGACCGACUCUUCCGAGAGGAUUGGAUCAUGCUCUUCUCCUGCGUACCCAUGUUCAUCCGCAUGAUUCUGGUCCACUUUGUCCUCAUAUACGGCACCAACAACAUUGCGUUGGACCGGGAGCUCACACCUGCCCGACUGGAACAACAUAGCAUCGGUGCAAGAUUAGUACUGGCGUCACGCAUCUUCUACGCCCUCACGAUUUGGCUGAACAAGCUCACGGUCAGCGAGUUCCUCAAGAGGAUCACCGAAAGAGUGUGGCGACGAUCGUGGGAAGUCACCCUCCAAGGCAUCAGGACCUUCCUGCUCCUCACCUUCAUUGCCGUGGUGAUUGCCACCUUGGCCGAGUGCCAGCCCUUUGAUCACUACUGGCAGGUGAGCCCGGAUCCUGGCCCACGUUGCCGUCAAGGCUUCGCGCAAUUAUUGACCAUGGGUAUCUGCGAUAUCAUCACGGACAUACUGCUGACUGCGUUUCCAAUCCCUGUUGUCCUGCAAUCGGGUCAGAGCUGGAAGCGCAAAUUCCAAAUGAUCAGUCUCUUUUCAGCAUCCAUCAUCAUGAUUGCGGUCACGGCCACACGAAUGCCACAGGUCAUUCGACAUCUAGGUCGCCAGCAGUACAGGACUGUGUGGGCCUCGGGCGAGAUCCUGGCAGCGGUGUCGGUGUCGAAUGGUGUCAUUCUCGGCUCUUUUCUCAGAGACAAAGGCACAAAGAAGAACAAAUACAGGAAUCAGAGUAUUAUAGACAGCAUUGAGAGGGCAUCGACGCGGCGACCGACGCUUGCGACCUUGCACAAUGGCGAGAGCGAGGAAGAACUGUUCAGGUCUGUGGGUAUUAGGAUGCCAACGUACCUGCAAAGUGACAAAUCGGCUCUGUCUCCACGUCCUGCACCCCCGGCGCUGCCGGCAGGAUACUCACCUCGCCGCGUCAAACAUCAACGACCGGCCACGGAUAGCAGGGAAGAAGAAAGAAGCAGUGAUAGCGACGAAUCGUUGCAGAAGCCAGUCGUGUCGGAUGGGGUAUCGCCGCCAUCGCCAUUGACCAAUCGCAGCGUGAGCCUGUUUGACGUGGGUAAUCUGCUAGAGGAGAACAUGGGACAAGCACACGGCGAUUCCUACUUUCCACACAUGAACGAUGCCGGUACAUCGACCGUCGACUUCGCAUUCGGACGUCCUCGGCCCUAUUCACGAUCCAGAUCACGUGGGUUCUUGCGAGAUGUGAGUAGCAUCCUCCGCGGGCGUGACGGUAGUGCCUCACCUCGUCGCCAUCGUGAUCACCAUCGAUUACCUACCAGACCAGAAUCUCCUCCCAUUGGCGUGCUGGGUCCUCGGUUAGAGCGACGCAAGACAGAAAUGUCAUUGCAAGACGCUGGCGGACUCUUACACCCUGACUCGGCAGCGUAUCUUUCGCAGGAGCAUGAGAUGUCCGGUGCGAACGGCGAUCCGCCGCCGAAUUCGCGUCGGAUGGCGCCUAGUACGGCCAAUGUACCACGCACGCAGGGAGACAUCGAAUUGGACGACUUUACAGACCUAAUAAUGGCGGAAGAGAGAGGGAGAGGGCCGGGAGGGGCUAUGUUGUUGCAGGCGACAUGGGGAGGCGGACGGAUGAAUCGACCCGCCUCGGCACCUGCACCGGUACAAGUUGACGACAGUUUUGACGACAUGAUAUUGAAUGACGCGGGGGGGUUGAUGAAGGGUUGA